GGCCCAAGAAAGGGUGGGAGAGGACAAGCAAGGAAUUGGGGUGGAAGGAGAUCCCCUGAUCACAACCUCCUGUGGCUGCUACUAGUAAGUCUUCAUUACUGCUUUUCCCCAUUAGGCACACCCUGAGCUGAGCUGGUGAUCGUGGGCAGGAGCCUCCUUGGUGGGAGUGUUGAACUCCUACUCAUCUGCCAAACCCAAGCUCCAGUGCCCACCCAUCUGGGAAGCCAUCCCCACCUACUGGCCUUUCCCAGCCCGGGAUCUCCUACUUCUCAAGCCUUGACCAUGUAAGGCUGGGAGUGUCCCUGUCCUGCUCUCCGACCUGACCUCCCCAACUAGGACUCCCGUGAGGGCGUGGCCUUAGACUGACAUUUCUCUGGUGCACAGCACUGCCCAGCCGGGCGCAGCCACAGAGCGGGUGCUUGCUGAAUGUGUCCUGAAGGAAAUAAGGAGCAACAAAUAUAAACUUCAGCCGCUUCCCUCCUCUGCCCAUAGCCUUGGAGGGCUCCCACCUCCCUCGGGGUGAAAGCCCGCGUCCCUCUCCCUGCCUCCAACCUGCCUUUGUAACCUCCCGCCCUCCCCUGCUCCCUCUCCUGCGGCCACCGCCUCCAGCAGGCCUGGUGGGGGGGGGGGCUGCCCCGGGGCCUUUGCACUGGCCGCGCCCUCUCGCCCGCAGUUCUGUUCCGGGGCUGGCGCACGCACUCGGCGUCCUUCACUCGGGCCAAACGCCACCUCCCGGGAGAGGCCGCCCCUGGCCCUCAUCUCGGUCUAAAAUAGCCCGCCAGUCUCCUCCUCCCUUCCGCCUCGCCCGCCCGGCCCUCCCCACCAGCCGCGGCACCGCGCGCGUCCCUAUCCCGACCCAUCGCGUCCUUCCCCGGCGCAGGAGGGGAGGCUCCGCCGCGUCCCGCCCUCCGGGGUCCCCGCCCGCCGGCCCGGGCAGCCGGGGAGGGAGGGCCGGGCCGGGCCGGGCCGGGCGCGGAGGCAGGGCCGCGGGGCCAUGGAGGGGCUGCGGCGGGGCCUGUCGCGCUGGAAGCGCUACCACAUCAAGGUGCACCUGGCGGACGAGGCGCUGCUGCUGCCGCUCACCGUGCGGCCGCGGGACACGCUCAGCGACCUGCGCGCGCAGCUCGUGGGCCAGGGCGUGAGCUCCUGGAAGCGCACCUUCUACUACAACGCGCGGCGGCUGGACGACCACCAGACGGUGCGCGACGUGCGCCUGCAGGACGGCUCGGUGCUGCUGCUCGUCAGCGACCCCAGGUAGUUGGAGGAGGUGGAGCCAUGACCCAGGGGACUCGGGGUGCUGGCUGAGGAGCAGGCUGGGGUUGGGGGCACCUCUGGAGGUGCCUCCUGGGACCCCUGCCUUCACUCUGGUGCCGGGCUCCGGGGUGUCCGGUGAAGUACCGGCCUGAGCGCCUGACCAGCGGCUGCCUCCGAUCCAACCUGCCGCUGACCCAAGGGGAUGGGGAGCCUCUUUGACCCCGAAGCCCUGGCUCCCCGCCUCGGGGCCUGGAGCGCCAGUCUGCAGUGGGAACCAGCGUGCCAUCGCGGAGGGCUCCCCAGCGCAGCCAGAGGGUAUGACACGGAGGAGACGAGCUCGGCGCCACCAUCCCUCCUACCUCGUACUUGCUCGAGGCCACAUCUGUGCCCAGGAGGUGCCCCCCUCCCCGGCCUGAAGCACCUUUCACACUCCUUUGUGCCACUCCGACUCACCUGGGAUUCAGCCUCCUCCAGGAAGUCUUCUGGGGCUCCCUCCUCACCAGCCAGUGAGCGCUUUGUCCUUUUUGGGGCUCACAAGCCCCCUCUACUGUGAACAGCCUUGGCUGGCGGGGGGCGAGGGGGUGCAGCCAAUACUGCUGAAAUCUCCAAUGACUGCAGUGGGGACACGGACCCCAGCCCUCCCCUGGCUCUGCAGCAUCACACGGUGCAUGCCCCUAGCCCCAGACACCUCCCCACGGCAGGCCUGUGCCCACUCCGUUGGCGGUGUCCUCAUCCCCUGAACCCCGCUGCUUUGUCCCAUGCACGGGGUCUCCUGGUUGGGUCUGAAGGGCUUUGGGUAAGUGGGCGGGGCCAGGGGAGCUGUGUCCCUAAGGCCAUGAGGCACUGGCGGUGACUGGUGAUUGUGCGGUGUGUUGUGGGGACUCUGGGGACAAGACCCACCAGGUAGAGCGCUGGGCCCCCGUGGGCCCCCUGCCUGGCGCCACCUGUGGUCAGGCCCUCUGCACAGGGCCACCCCGGGGCAGCGGGGAGGGGGAGGGGGUUGGGGGAGGCGCGGGUGUAUGGGCUCCCCAGAGAGCCACGUCCACGGUCCAGGUGCUGGGUGGCUCAAGGCAGGGGCCUCAGGGGGCCUGUGAAGAAAUAAUGUUUUAAUUAAGAGUAGUGGUGGCCGCAAGGCCCCGAGCGUGGACGGGUGGGUGACAGAUUGACUACACCCCCCGGGGACCUUGGGGUGCCAGAGGUGCAGUGUGGGGGACCCGGGCUCUGCCUGUCCCUCCGACCGCCUGGUGGGCAGUCCAAGACCAGGUACCAGAGACCCCAGUGCCCCGUUCCUUGGGGCUCCCCCUAGGGCAGGGCCUCCAACUUCCUCUUUUGUAGCAGGUAAACUGAAGCCUCAGCUGCUUGCAGGGCAAGCGAAGGGGAAAGGAGCCCCGACCCCUCCUCCUGCCUGGUUUGGGUCUCUUGAUGGUCACCCCGCUCCAUUCCUCUGUCCCUACCAAGGCCAGACCCUGGGCCGCCUCCUGCCCCUCUGGGGGCUUGGGCUUGAGUGAUAACUGCCCCGUGGUGGUGGCCGGGAUUCUGGCCCAUUUUACAGAUGGGGUGUCCAAGGUCAGCCUUCCCUGGGCCGCUGCCCCAGCAGCCCCUGAACUGAGGGGUCCCAGCCCACGCGGGGGUCCCCGAUGGAGGAAGGGGAGGGGUUCCUGCUUCCUGACUGAGGGUGGGGGCAGGGGAAGCCUUUCAGGCCGUUUUGACAUUUAACAAACAAUAUGCAAAUCACAUGCAAAUCGCCACCAUUUCUUAAGCCACGACAGCCCAGGCGUGUUCUGAAAUAAUAAUGUUGGACCUGUCGGUCGCUGUCUGCCUCGGCCUGGAGGAGGAGGGCACAGCCUCUCCUUCCCCCUCCUCCCUUCCAUUCCCCUCCCCCUCCUUCCCUUUAUUCCUUUCACUGCAUUUCUUCCUUCCCUGGUUCCCAGGAGGCCUCCUAGCCCUGAGGCGAACGCAAAAAGCCGCAAAAAGCGACAAAAGUAGCUCGCACACUCAGUGCUCCCAUUUUCCGGAUGAGAUACAGGGAGGCGCAGGUCUGGCCUGAGGUCUCAGAGCCACAGGUAGAAAGUGGUGUCCCCACCAGGGGAGCAAAGCGGACAGAGCCUGGUACCCAAGAAGGAGAGAGGACAGUGGCCAUAGCAGUCGGGACUUUGAUUUAGGGGCUGGGACUCCGGGCCUGGCAGGGCUUGUCAGAGCCCCCGGGAAACCAUCCUGGAGUUUUUUAGCCUCAAGUAGCAGGCUGCCCCGAGCUUGGAUCUGGAGAGAUCUGACCGUGAGGGACUGGGCUCCCCCCAUCCUCCUUUCUGGUGCUUCUCCCAUCAGCAUGCUCUUUGACUUCUGGCCACUGCCAGUUCGCAUGCCCUACCUUCUCUGUUUGGCAAACUCCUAUUCAUCCUGCAAAGCCCAGCUGCAAUGCCCCCCUUCUUUGUGCAGUCAUUUCUGAUCCUCCAAGAGGAGGCUCUGCUUCCCUCUGGUUUUUGGCUACCCGAGAUCUCUCCAUGGUCCAUCCCCGGCUGCUUGAGGGCCGCAGCAUCCCUGCCCACUGAGCUGGUUAUGACACCCCUCCGGACCUUGGCAUAUGCACUUCUCUACCCACAAUGCCCUUCCAGGUCUUUUCCACGUGGCACACUCCUAGAUCUUCAAGGCCCCAGCACUAGCGACCCCCUCCCUGUGGGCUCUACAGUCCUGGGGCUUCCCGUCCCGCUGGCUCGGGCCUGACGCAGGGAACUGGGAAGGGUGUAGGUCCUGCCAGCCUGGUGAGUCUUGCCUCGGACCCCCGGGUCAGGGUCAUGUCACCAUCCGGUUGGGACCAGGUAUAGAAGGGCCAUCUUUGAGUGCAUAUGAAUAAAAGAUGAAGUGUCUCAACACGAAA